UUGCCGAGCGGAACGAGUUUUCAGUUCUCCGGAUACAAUGUUCGCGAGUGGUCACGCGAGGUAUAACAGUGCUGCUAGGAACGAUCUUUAAGACCUGCUAGGUGUGUUACGUUGGAGGAAGAUUCCACCCCCUGAGUUGAAGAACCUGCGGACGAAGUGGACAAAGAUAGUGUGCUACUCUGUAUGGUGUGUUGGGGCAUUAUUUGAAACCUGAUUCUACUGGCCCAGUGUGAUUCAUUCUUUGUGCAUUGGAUUGGAUUCGACGAUUCUGUUUUAUAUUCUGUGCAUAAAAUAUUCAAGGACUUAAAAUGCGGCUAUUCGCUAGCAUAGGAAUAAUUCUACUAGUAGUAGUACUACAAUCACAUUGCCAACAGGAUCAGGAUCUAACGAUCGGGCCGACUCGGCAAAAUCUCGACCUGGUAUCCAGGAGCGUAACCAACUUGGCCCAGAAAAUCAGCCUUGCCAUCGCCAGUCCAAAGAGCAAAACGGAGCUCUUCUCCCCGGUCAGCAUAGCGGGUGCCCUUUCGCUGCUGCUGCUCGGUUCCGGUGGCACAACCAGAGAUGAAUUGACCAAUCUGUUGGGCUUUCAGGGUCAACCGAUCAGUUUUACCGAUAUUCACAAAAGUUUCGGCCGGCUGUUUGAGGAAUUGGUUUCGAACGAGCCCAGCAUGAUGACCAGAAUUCCCUGGCGGGAGAAUGACAAGUGCAAUAACCCCGACGAAGACGAAGAAGACGAGCCUUCCUAUCAACCAUCGAAAGCCCCAAGCAACCAGGAAAAUCGGAACAAACGUGACGCCGACUCGCACUUCAUCUCGGUGGCGAAUGGCGUUUUUCUUGAUAGCAAUCUACAUCUGAAUCCAAACUACGAAAAUCUAACGAAAAAACUGUAUGCAGGGGAAAUUUCGCGGAAGCCACUGUUAAGCGACCCAGUGCGAUCCUCCUACGAGAUCAACAAAUGGGUUCAACAAGCCACCAGGAAUAAAAUUCGUGAAAUUGUGUCCCCCGAGCAAGUGAGCAAUGCCCCAAUGGUGCUAGCUAGUGCAUUAUACUUCAAAGCUAAAUGGGAAACGAUGUUCAUCGAACCGGAAACCCGACCGAGACCUUACUACAUCAACGGACGAGAGUCGCCUCCAAUUGAUAUUUACACAAUGACUACUUCUGGGUGUUUUCCAUUCUACGAAGACAAGCAGCUUGACGUCAAGAUUGUUGGUUUGCCAUACCAGGAAGGAAAGACGACCAUGUACAUUAUUAUGCCUAAUAAAUCCGAUCGGCAAAAGAUCCGAAUUCUCCAGAACAGAGUGCACGUGGGUCAAAUGAAUGAAUUUAUCGAUAGAAUGGUCGUCAAAACGGGCACAAUUCUGCUGCCAAAAAUGAAGCUGGAGAACACCUUGGGGCUAAAGGAUGUGUUGGUAUCCGAAGGAUUGCAGAAGAUUUUCAAUCCAUAUCUCAGUAAUCUUACUGAAAUAACAAAAGAAGGCCGUAUAUUCGAAACUGUAAAUCGAUGGGCCCAACAACCUCAUUCAACCUCGACACCCAUGCCAAUCACACGAAAACAGACAUCGCCCAAACCUACACCAGUCUCGGCACCAAUCCAACCCAUCCAUAGUCCAGAUGUGCCACCAGCUAAUCAACUAACCAAGGUUGGGCUAAAGGAAAACGUUUGUAAUAUGAUCAAUAACUGUGUCUAUGAUGGAUAUACUUGCACCUGCUUUUUAAAUAGUCCAAUAUCCACAAAUGCAAGAGGAUGCUCUAAACCAUGGAAUAUUCAACGAAAUUGUCCGCCGGAAAGACAAGUACUUAAAGAUUAUGGGCUGUGUUUAGCAGAUUCUUACUCCAAAUACCCAAUCGGUAAAGGUCAGUGUGCGCAAAAUUGUGAGCAGCUGACAGAUUGGUGCUAUUGCUGUAUGCCUCCAAGUGCUGCAGCUACUCAACCCAUCCAGCAGUCAUCCAUUUCUCCUUCAUCGGUUGAUAACCAGCAAAGCUUUAGUCCACCUAACACAUUUGAAGUAGGAAAUCGAUUCAAUCCAAAUAUUGUCGUUACACCAUCUGCUCCAACUCAGCUGUGUCGAUACGUUAAUAGAUGUUAUCAAAAUAGUUAUAUUUGCCAAAUUCAUACCAUUUGUUCACUGGCGAAUUACAAGGUCGGACCAGCUGCGGAAAAUUCCGAUCACCGGCACAAACGGCAGACACAAAACAAUUCAUCACCUCCGAAUCUUUACGUUGGAGACGUCCUGCAUAAGGUCACCCUGGACAUCAACGAGCAAGGAACGGAGGGAGGUGCAGUGACGGCAGUUGUUAUCGAUCGAAUUUCGUCGUCGUUCAACUUGCGAGUGGACGGACCGUUCCUGAUCUACCUUCGAAAUGAUAUCACCAAGCUACCCCUGUUCUACGGAGCGGUGUUCGAUCCAAGACCGUAAAUGCAUGUCUUCUGAUAUUGUACAGUGCCACUCGAAAUAAAUGUACAACGAAUAUAUGUGUGUAAGGAUCAGUCAGUGAGUUUACUUGUUUGAUGUAGAAAUUCCCUCAAAUUGCAAUUCUUAUUAUUAUUCAUCUUGGAUCCUUUGCCCCAACUACAUCAGUGCACACACGCGUUAAUUGGAAGCAUUUAGCGGCGCCGGUGGUGUAGUGGUAAGCGUGAUUACCUCUCACCCUAGCAGGCCUGGGUUAAAUCGCAGUCGGCGCCGCCGGGAUGUUCUGAGGCAUAACAUUUUGGUCCCCGGUUUAUGAGAUGAUGGGUCGAUAGGUAGGGUCCAGGUGUGGGAGCUGCCUCCCUGGCGUCGGUAGCAUUGGUGCUCAGCACGGAAAACAAGAUCGAUGGAAAACAAAUCAAGGGAAAUAAAUUGGAAGCAUUCAAAGCAGGUACUAUUUUUCAUUUGUGGCCAUACUUUAAUUAUGUCACGCUAAACUGAGAAAAAAAUAACCCCUACCACCCUCUCCGAUAUUUCGUCACGUUUUUCCUAUACCUAAUGCACUGCUUGUCGCAAAAUCUUACACCCCUUCUUCCCCUUAGAGCGUGACACAAUACAUGUAUCACUCCUUUGAACAUGGUGAACCCGAAAAUUUCCAUAAUCGAACUGUGAAACGAACCCACCAUCUUCGGGUAUGGCAUGCUGCGGCUGUACUGACCAGGCUAUUGACCGACUUCAAAUAUGUUAUGAUAAGUUAUAACUGAUAACUAAGAUAACUGAUAUUUUCCAAUCUUUUGAGGUUUUAUACCAACUCUCCCAGAUUGGGAUACCGUACUCGAUUACAGGAAGGAUGAUUUGUUUGUAGACAGCAAGCUUAUUUUUCAGGGACAGGGUUGACUUCCAGUUGAUAAGUGGAUACAACGAUCUUAUCAAAAUGUUGCACCUGGUUUUCGUUUUGUCAACGUGCUCCCUGAAAAGAAGCUUGCUGUCUAUUGUUAGCCCGAGGUACACGACCUCUUUGGACCAUUCCACCACUGUGCCGUUCAGGCAGAUCUUGUUAUUCUCCGACGGAACAAGUCUGGGAGAUGGAAAGAUAAUUACCUGGGUCUUUGCCGCGUUGAUACGGAUCUUCCAGCUGUUGAAAUAUUCAGACAGGACGUCCAGGCCUCUCUGAAGUUUGGCAGUCAGAGCUCCGAUGACCCUACCCUUGUAGACGAUGGAUGUGUCAUCUGCGGACAGAGACAACGAUCCACCAUCAGGGAGAGCCGGCAUAUCGGAGGUGAACAGGUUGAAUAGGAUGGGGCCAAGGAUGCUUCCUUGUGGAACCCCGGCGCCGAUGUUGAAAGCAUCCGAUGUGAUGCCAUUCAGUGAGACUCGGAACGUCCUGUCUGAUAGAUAGUUGUUUAUUAUCUUCACUAGAAAGAUUGGAAGACCGUACUGCUGAAAUUUGAUCACCAGGCCAUCAUGCCAGACAUUGUCGAACGCUUUUUCAACGUCCAACAACGCCAUGGCAGAUGUUUUCGAAACAGACUUGUUUCGUCUAAGAAUGUUUGUUACUCGAUUUAGCUGGUGGACGGUCGAACGACCUUUCCGAAAACCAAACUGUUCCUCGAGUGACAAGUUGUUUUCAUCGGCAGAUGUUAGGAGCCGGUGGUACACUGCUCUUUCGAACAGUUUUGAUAACCCUGAGAGAAGGCUAAUUGGUCGAUAACUUUAAGGAGAGUACGGAUCCUUCCCAGGUUUCCGGAUGGGUAUGACUUUAGCUGACUUCCAACACGAGGGGAAGUAGCCAAGUCUGAGGCACUGAUUAAAAAUCAGUGCCAGAUGGUUGUAGAAUCUGGAACUCAAGUGUUUGAGUUCCAGAUUCAGGGUGUUGUCGAAACCUGAAGCCUUCAUGUUUUUAGAUGAUUUGAUAUAGGCCAACAGUAAUCUCGGAUUCCUCUGGAAAAAUGUUAGAAGAAGAUUGAAGAUUGGUUGCAUUUUCAGCAACCUCAGAUUCAUGAGGGCUGAUGAUGUUUUGUCCGAGAUUAUGGGAGCUGGCGAAGUGUUGACCUAUAGCGGCAGCCUUCUCUUCAGGAGUUAUCAGAUGAACCACUGGGACUAGGCUUGUUUUGAAGAAUUUUUGUAAGUUUCCAGAAGGGCUUAGCACAAUCUGGGGGAGAGCGGAUCUUACUAGCAAAAUCUUUAUUUCUGAGAUCAACCAUCCUGGCCUGAAUGAUCUUUGUUAAUCGAUUACAAUUGGUCUUCAAGCUAGGCAGGCCAGUACGCUGGUACUGCCUACGAAUGGUGUUACGGAGUCUAAUGAGAUCUUUGGUAGGGCUGUCAAGGUUCAGAGUGUUACUCACCUGUCUGGAUACUGGCACGUGUUGUUCACUGGCCCGGGAAAUCGCCUGCUCGAUAGUUUGUAGACACCGGUCAACAUCUUCGGACGUCCCCGGUUGGACAUAGUAGUCGAUGGUUGUGUCGACGCAGUGUUGAUAUUGCACCCAGUUGACUCGAUGGUAGUUGCGCCGGGAAGCUUCGAAUCGGUUUACCGAGGAUCCAACUUCGGCCACCACCGGGUAGUGGUCCGAGCUCAGCUCCUGGAAUGCCACAGGUUGCGAGAUGUUGUGUCCCAUGUUGCUUAUAAAGAUGUCGAUGGUCGCAUGGACCCCAGACCAACUCAACCGGGUGGGAGAGUCCGGGGCCAAGAUGGUAUAGUGGCCCUCUUGCAGGUCUUCAUUGAGGAUGAUGCCGUUUCUAUAGCUCCGACCG